CACACUAUCAGUCACAUGUCGCACACUUUGUCAUAUCAUGUGAUAUAUCAAUAAACCAAAAACGGUAAAAUAGACCAUACAAAAAUGUAAGUGAAAACUGUACAAAUGCUCCUGUCGAUUGUAUUAUCUCCGGAUCUUAAAUGGCAUACCUGCGCGAAGUUCCUAUUUUCGGAGAAUUAGAUUUUAUCUUGAAGAAAAAUCAACAUGUCCUGUGAUGAAAUUUAUAGUAAGAGACGAUGUUCUAACACCGGUUGCUGUGGAAACAGUUGUGCGUCAGGCAGGAGCGGUUGGGAGGCGCGCAUAUCUUCGUGUAAUUGCCAAAGUAACGUAGGAUGCUCGGAUCGCAGUGCUUGCGGCGGUUUGCGGCCCGCCGGAACCGCCGCGACGGGCGCGUGUCCCGGGCCGUGUCAGUGCGUCGAGGAGGAAAUCUGGAACAGCAACGUGCCACCUAAACCGAAUUGCCGAUGGUUGAAUAACUUUGCCGAGCUGCGCCGUCAAUGGAGCGACCACGGUCGUCAGCAGACGUACAAGUGCCGCGGCUGCAGCCGGCCGUGCAGAACUGUCGCUUCGUGCCGACCGUGUCUUUCGCCAACGCCCCCGUGUUCCGGUACCAUUUUACUUACGUCGGACUGUCAGAAAUGCCGUGGGUGCCGUCGCUUAGCGGGUGGGGCAAGCAAAUCGGAAAUGGCACCGGCAGAUAAAUCGUCAUCACCCGAACCCCCGAAACGGGAAGCGGGCGGUGGUUGCCCACCGCCGAGCUGCAGCUAUCCAUCGACCCGCUGUAAUUCACCUAACGCGGAUUGCUCGUCGACCGCCUCGUCUUGCUGCCCCUGGCAAUGCAGAUAUCCUCAACAAGCCCCGUCGCUUCGGGCGUCCGAGUGUCAGCCCUGCGCCUUGAAAUCCAUCUUGAAAAAGCGCAGCUGUUGCCACGACACGAGCUGCUGCCUGUGUCAACCGAUGCCACGCGGCUGUAACUGUCCGCCGCCGAUUCAGGUGGACGUGCGCGCCGUUCCCGAGGAGUGCUCCUGCGAGUGUCCGUCCAGCCCGGAAUGCGCCUGUCCGCCCAGCGAACGGAGAUUCCCAAAAGCGACGAUCAAAUGUCCUAACGCGCGUCUCUGCAAUCCAUCUCCUCGAUUACCACCCGAUCCCAAGUGUCAUUGCCCGCGUUGUCAACCGUGUCCGCCGCCGCCGCCGCCGCCACCCUGCGAUUCAUGCACAUCAUCCUUCAAGUGUCGACGAUCCGUUCCAGCCAAGAAUUCUUGCCGCUCUACAGAUUCGCCCUGUCCAUCCUGCCCACCCUGUCGGCCGAUUUCGACCGCUUCGCCAUGUCGUCCUCCGACGCCCUGCAGAAAACUGACCUUCUGCACCGAACGUGGCGAACGUCGGCUCCCCUCGCCCUGUACAGGUCAGUCUUGGCGUGGGAUCAUUGGCGAUAAGAGCACGGAAAGUAGCGAACAAAAUGACGACGACGAGAGACGAGAGAUACGCGAUACGAAAUAUCGCGACCGUUGCUACGCGACUGAUGACUACGUUAGAUCCGACGGUGGAUCCGAAUUAUACACUGACCGAAGUCGCGAUUUAAUAUUGGACGAGGAAUCCAUGCAAAAGUCGAAGACUGCAUUUGACGAUUUGUCGGAGACCACAAAUCCUUCGAAAUCUGUCGAUCCCGAGUCGUGCGACAUGCCGGAGGAGCUCGACGAGAAGGUCGCUUUUGAAAAUGCAGAGGAGGCUCUCGAAGCAUGUACCACCGAAAAAUCUUCCAAGGAUUCGUGGUACACUUCACCCACCCACGCUCCGUCCGACAGCGGUGCAAAGCCCGAUUGUUAUGCAUUCCACGAGAAUUCUUCGCCCGCUGGCGGAAACGUGUCUAACAAUAAGAAUCCUGUUUUGGCGAGAUUAUUGAAUCGCGUGAAAUUACUUAGCCGGCUAAAGAAUUUAUCGGCGCCAAAUAGAACGCUGCAUCGAUACGGCGUUACUUUUCGCGAGCCUCCGCGAGCACGUGUCGGAUCGUUGGCGGGUGCAUCGAUAAGCAUCUCGACGAUAAGCACACGUGGGAUCGACAGACGACGCGGGAACGGUGGAUCCUCGAGGGAAGAUACGACAGAUAGCAAGUAGCUUACCUCGGAAAAAUCGCGUAAUGCGAUUUGAACGUUUCAAAACUGCCGUCUCUCCCUAUACGAUCCGCGGCCGUUCAAUCUUCCUCACCUAGUUCAUGUAGGGAUGUUGCCAGUCACUCUGUAAAUCAAGGCUGCUCGCUUCUGUUACAUUUCAAAAUAACCAUGCAGCGACAAUAGGAGUGAGGAAGGUGCGAUUAAAAUUCCGAGAGAACAUUUAACUGUAAAAUAUUUCUGUCAUUAAUACAGAAAAGUUAUUAAUAA